AUCCAUUGUGUGGUGAAACCCGUGAGCCAUCGUGAACGUGGGUGUAUCGUAAUAUCGUGGGAUUAAUUUGCGUUUGUUUUUCUGGAAAAAUGAGGAGAUCACCGUUGAACAAUCCUGCGUAUGGUAGCCGGUCGUACGGUGCCAGGCACACGCCAUACAAUUGGAAGUCGCACGAGAAUACAUGCGGUAGAGGUUAUCAGCCUGUGGAGGGUAAUAGCAUUCCGCGUUUCCACGCAAGUAAUACAGAAUCGCAGUCCCACGACAUCGAUUUUAUCCCUCUGAACGUCAGCACACCACUGACGCGAUACAACAAGUAUAAUACAGCUAAUCGGUACAGCCCUUCCGGUGGACGCGGUAGUCCAAGCAGUGGAUGGUAUAACAAUUAUAGGGGUAAUUAUCACGCCAUGCCAAGAUCGAACAAGAGAAAUCCUGCCUACAAGCAUUCUCCUAAACAGUUUCAAGGGCAGAUAAGAAAGGACUACAAAGGAGCGUACAGGCAAGUGAAUAUAUCGGCAUAUGUAGAUGUAAAUUCCUUUUUGGAAGAUCCCUGGAGAGAUUUAAUCAAAAAAUUUGAUGACUCAAAAGAUAUAAGAAGAAAAGAUGAAGGAUCUGAGAGUAAAUCUCUGUCUAGUUCAAAACUGGUUGAUACUGAUUUGUUAGAUAAAUCUGAGAGCCAAUUUUCAAAGGAUACGAACUUGGACGAUUCACUGUGCAGUCAAGAGAGUAGAAAUGAAUGUUCUGAAGAUAUUUCCUUUGAGACAAAUACAAGUUUUAGUCAAAUAUCAAAAGUCAACAGUUUGAUAGAAUUAGAAACUGGAGAUAUCUGCUUCAGUCAAGAUUCUUUAAACGAAAGUACAUGCAGUGUCAGCGACAAAAGUUCUGAAGCUAUACGAGAGAAUAGUAUUCAUUCGAGUACAUCAUUAACAGAUAUUGAACAGAAAGCUAUAUAA